GCGAAAACUUCUUCCAGACACACUUCAUCAUAGGUGAUGAUCCCCGAAAGGUUCCGCUGGGCGAUGUGAAUGCGUUUGCCCAGCGGGUGAGGCAAGUUCAUCCUGGUCUCAAUCCGGUCUUUGACCAAUUCUUGCUACACGAUCAAGGUUUUGGGGGCAUGAAACAGAUGCUGAAUGAGAUUAAAGAGGAGGUCAAAGAGAUCAAAGAAUCGCAGAAAGAACUAGAUCAUGAUGGUGGGCGGCGGCUGUCAACGCGGCUGCAGAGACGUAGCCCCUGGCUGUUAGAUGUCGACUUGGAGAGCAAUCGCUCCGAGGAGGUCCCGGCGAAGCCGGCAGAAGCUCUCGAAGCGAAGGCCACCAAUGCAACAGCUGCAGCACAAGGUCUAACUUUCCCUGCAAAUCACUCGGGGAUCAAUGGAAGCGUGGCAAAGGAUCAGAAUUUUCCCUCAGGCUGUUUCGACCCUGGGGAUGUGGCCGGACUGUUGAGGGACCUCUGGGUUUCCUAUGCUGGAUCAGAUGACACCGAGUGGGGCCUCAACGAAGAGGACGCCAAGGGCAUGGCGAAAGAAGUGCUUCCGAAUGUGGGGAGCGAUACUUGGCCACAGUACUGGGAAGAGAUGAACCCCGAUGGCGACUUGAAGCUCUCGGGCGAGGAGACAACGAUUGCGGACCAGCUUGGGAGUGGUACGAUCUGGCUUGUGGGGGCGUGGGACGAGAGAGAGAGCAAGGAGUCAAAGAGCAGCAAAAAGAGGAGCCAGGAUGCUCAAGAUUACAAAUCGACAGAAAAAGUCAGUCAGGAAGCAGGUGCCUGGGCAGUUUUUCCGGACAAACUGCCUUGGAUAUCGAGCACACCGGCCACAAGGGCCAACAAUCGCAAAGUGGAAGUCGGAAUUUCUGUGGAGAAGCCGCUUGGGAUGCCGCCACAGCCAAUUCUGCCUCCAGCACCAUCAGUCGAAGCACCGGUGGGGCUUACAGCAGAGGAGGAGCGAAUGUUACAGCAUCUCAAGGGCAUCCAAUCCAUGGACAUGGAACUCACGGAGUCAAUGGCCAGAAAGUUGGAAGAACUUUCCAUGCGGGAAGCGAAGGUUCAAUCCAACAAAACAUUGACUCAUGGCCACCUGAACAAGUUGAACAAGCUCAAGUCUCAGGUGGCAGCCGCAGCCCAGAAGAUCAAGGACUUAGAUGGAGAGUGGACGGCAUUCGUCAACAACACCAUCAACAAGGUUCGUCAUCAUGGAGAAAUGUUUCAGAAUUGCAGAGCGGAUCUCAUGGAGACCUACAAUGCAAAGAUUCAAGAACUGGCAGCUGUAAAACAGGAGAUGACCAAGGCUUCGCAAUCCAUGUUGGGUCCACAAUGGACGGAGCCGAUCAUUCCGGAAGCACCAGAUUUGGAGCGGCAUUUCACCAUGUUACAAGAGACCUUGCAAACGGAGGGUCAUGCGGGGCAAAUCGAUCUCACAGAAGAGAUGGAGGACGAAGAAUUGCUGGAGGAAGAGGGACACGACAAAGAUUCUCAUGGGAAGUCGAUUCCCAAGGCGAUGCGCCCUUUUCGUGGAUCCAGCUCACCGACAAAGGUGGCGACUCACCAUCUCAAGGUGAAAGCACAGGAUGUGAAAGAUGCCAAAGAGAACAGAAAGGACCGAGACAAGGAAGACAAGAUGGACAGAAUGCCAUUGGACGAGGAAGAUGCUUGUGCGUUUGACAUUGAAUCGACAAGGUAUGUCCAGAUGCAUCCUAGUGUUGAGGAGGAUGACAGUAUGAACAGUGGUCACUGUAUUUACACAUGGGUUGCAUAUCAACAAGAACGACAGGUUGAGAAAAAGUUUGAGCCCCUGAUUUUCAGUGAUGGAUCCUUUGACUCCCUGGAAUGGAAUGACGGUUUGAAUGUGCCGUUGGGAUAUGAUCAAGUGAAUAUGGAACUGAUUCAACCUAUGGAUCUCAGCAGCCAAUCAUCUGGCCCUUUGCGAGAUAGCACAGAGGGUAACGUGGAUCUCUGUGUGUCUCAGGCCAUUUUACAAGAACCCUGGAUUUCAUCAUGGCAGGAGGAUUCCAGCGGUCAAUGUGACAGAGUGGAGGUUCAUGGGUUAGAGACUGUGCAAGGAGCAUACAGUUGGUGCCAACAUGCUGUGCCGCGUUCUCAUUCAGAUGGUGGACAUGUCAGUGGCAAGCACGUGCACUUCAGUGAUAGGGUGCAAGUGCGAUUUGUUCACGACACACUUGUGUAUGAUGUGGGAAUGGAUGAGGGCAUCAGUUUUGCCGUUUUGCGUUCAUUUUGGCACUUGCAUGGUCAGAUUGCAGUCUGGGAUGAUUUGCAGAUUGCUUUCACAAGGCUUGCUGAGAGAAGUAGGAUAGAUUUGAUGAGCGACAAUUUUGGAACUGUUGAGUAUUUGGCUGAUGAAACUACGUUGCAACAGCACAAUUCUGAUUAUUUGGAUGACGUACACGAAAGUGCAAUUUGGUGGCAAGGACUAACUGAAUUGUGUGUGCAGGAGGAUCCAAGACCUGAAUUUAUUGCAACAUGGUUUUUAGCGCCACAAAGAUUUCAUGUUUGCUUGCGUUCGAGAAGGGUCAAGUACUCCAGAUCUAUGCAAUUUCGAGAAUUUGAAGAAGCAUGCAGGGAGGUCUGGUUUGAGCUGAUGGAUGGUUCGCCAUUGAAGUUUCUAGUCGUUGCUGGUCAGCCUGGAGGGCUACCCAGUACACGAGCGCAUGUUAUCAUUGUGCAAGGCGAUUUGGAACAAUGGAAUGCUGCACUGAUGAAAGGAACUGGUCUACCACCAUUGAUGUCUGUCAGGGCUGUCUUGUAUGACAGUGAGAUCACGGUGCGAGAGUUCUUCCAGGCGGCACAAUAUCCAGAAGCUUGUCAUGCCAGGAACUAUCUUUGCUGCAUUGAAUAUGAACAGAAUGGUGAGACUCAUCGUUUGGUUGAUCAUGAAGGAUGUGUUUUACCCAUAGCGCAGUAUGUGAUUGGGUGUCUUUGUCCACUUGAGGUAGAGGAGGAUGAUAGAGACACUAUUUCAACUGAAUCGACAGAUAUUCCGAGCCUGGAGAGUGAAGAUGAUCAUUUCUCCACGAUUGCUCUUUCUGUCACAGAAACAAUCAAGCUGUGGACUUGGGAACAACACGUUCAGAUCAGCAACAAUGAUGAAGGGCGACACAAUAUUCAUCUUUUACAUGAUGGCUCCUUGAGCAAAUGUGCGAAAGAGGAUGAGGUUGAUGACAGAUGGUCAUGGGCACAGUACUCACAAAAAGGGCAGGUGAGGGACGGGAGUGAGGGUAACGUGGAUCUCACUUGGUCCUCCUGCUCAAAAGACAAGGAUCUCAAGGAUCUCAAUGACAAUAAUGAGGUGGCUUGGAUGUCUAACAGACCAGUGCUCCUGCAAUUUGAGAGACCUGACCCCUAUCCUUGGGAUAUGGGAGCGUUGGCUGAUUUGGAGGAGGAUGAAGAAGAGAACCAGGCAGAUGUUGUAUUUGCUGAUGAGCAUCAGGAACAGGCCCAGGUUUUCAUUGACCAGGCGUUGGAAGGCAUUGCAGAAGAUGACCAGCAGUGGAUGGCCAUCACUUAUGGCCUUGGUCUUGUGGACCUCGGCAGAAGAGAUGUGGAGUUCAGUCCAUGGAGGUUGUAUGAGUUGACUGACAAGAUCAGGACGCUAUGGGCGGAUCAUUUGCGUUAUGGUAGUAUCACUUUGUUUUAUGUCAACCCACAACCGUGUGAGGUAGCUGGACCACGCUCUCUGGUGGUGCUGGUUGUCAUUGAAUCUCCGGAUGACAUGAAUGUGGAUGUGAGAAAUGUGCUGGUCAUCCAGCGAGGGCCGAGACAUCUUCCCUUGCGGCCUGCACCAUACGGUGCAAAGAUCUUCACGGAUCUGUCACAUAGAGAUGCGUUGGUACAGCUGGACAUGCACAAGUACUGCAAGCCUUUCAGAAUGCGUGAUUGCAUGAUACGAUUGGGUUUCAAUGUGAUGGAAGCAGAUCACCGAUAUGAAGUCAAUCAUGGGAUGUUGUGCACAGUCAGAGUUGAAGAAAUUCCUGAAUUGGUGCAAAGAGCAAGUGAAAUGAUCGAUAGAGUUGAGGACUUUUAUUUGCAAGUGGAAGAAGUGCAGAACAUGGAAGGGUCUGUGCAUCAGGUCAUUUGUCAUGUUCACGGCAUCACACCCGAGAACAGACCCCUUGGUUGGAGACAGUUGGUCUUGGAGGGAGAUGACCUCUUGCACUUGGAUUGGAUUGACCAAUUGCGUCAGCUCUGGCCCUUUGCAUCACAGGAUGCUCGGAUCGUCUUUUGCACCAUGGCUACUGAUGAUUUGCGUGAAGCUGAUCAAAUCAGAUUUCAUUUUGUGGUGGAUUACGGUGCUCGGGAGGGUGUUCCGAUCUUGGUGCGACAGCAGAUUUUGGCAGCACAGACGAUGCCACAGCAGAAUGAAGGCGCCAGUGAGUUUUGGGCGAUUACUGUCAUGGAAGGAGCGGUAUCAGCUGAACUCUUCACAGCCUUGGCUAUUUAUCCUUUUUGGUUUGCAUCAGCCAUGAGGCAAAAUGUGCGACCGCACAUCCAUGUCAAUGGCAGACGGAUGGAAGGUUUGCAAUCCAUGUGGCAACAUGGGGAUUUUGUGCACAUUCGUUUGCAGGUUUGGCGAGUACAUCACAUGUUGAGCAUCUUGUUGAAUGAUGGAGAUGAAGUACAAACGGAUGAUGUGGUGGAACAUACAUCCUUUCUCCAGUUGAGAAGUGGGCUGAAACAUCGUGAUGGGCCACUUGCCGAAAUUUGUGCUGCUUUGAAAUCAUGUGAGGAGCCGGAAAGAGAGAGCAAAAGCAUGCAUUUUAGUGUGCAUCAUCAAUAUGAUGUGGCCAAUCCGGAGCAUGGGACCUGUCGACCAGAAGGACGAUGGGAUGAUAUUGCUGAACUUCAGAGUUUGCUGCGCAAUGUUUUGAGUCGUGGACAUGAAGGUAUCAAUGAAGAUUUCGCCGAUAUCCCCUCAUUGCAUCCUCAUGCACAAAUUGCUUGUCUACUCUCACACGCACAUUCUGACAAGAGUCCAGUGUAUCAUGUUUUCACAGAUGGAUCGUGCAAGCACGAUCGGGCCACUUGGGCAAUCACUAUUUUGCAGCAGCAUGAUUUGCAUGGCAGAAACAUCUUUCACAGAGUUGGCUAUGCGGCUGGAUGUGUUUCCGAUGAUUUGGGCCAGUUUGAUCCCACAGCCAUGGAUGCUGAAGCUACGGCGAUCAUUGCCAUGGCAGAGUUCGCAUUGGGGCAAUGUUUUCAUCAAGCGAUCACUGUCUACUGUCAUUUUGAUGCGCUGGUUGUGGGUUUUGGUGCAACAGGUGAAUACAACAUACCCAUGCAGCAUGGCAGUCAUUCUCAGAGACAGAAGAUGGCAAGAAUCAUCAUGACCAUUCUUGAAAGUAAAGCAGGUCAGAUGGACGGAUCGACAUUUGGCAUUCAUGUCAAGGCGCAUCAAGGGCAUCCAUGGAAUGAGAUGUCUGACAGCAUUGCAAAGGCAGUAUGGCAUGGGUGGAGACCUCCAGCUGAAUUUGUGUUCAGAUCAGGUCCAUUGCUCCGGCAUUCUCUUGCGGAAUGGGCAUGGAUUGAGGUUGCUCCCACUGCGGAACUGCCUGACUUGCGUACCAUCCUGAGGAAUGACAGACCCAAUGCAGACAAGGGAAGGAUUGAUUCGACUUUGACAAUAUCGAAUCAAGGUGAGGAUCUUGUGGAACAAAGUGCUACUCUGGUGAUGGCCACGGUCAAUGUGGGCACCUUGAAGUAUGGAAGUGGAGAUGGCCAAGGUGUCAGUUGGAAGGUGGUCGAAUUGCUACAUCAGAUUGAGCACAAAGGGAUUCACAUUGUCGGUGUUCAGGAAUCCCGAGCCAGAGCUUCUGGAUGUGUGGAGAUGGGUCCUUUUACUCGCAUUAUUGCAGCAGGGGAGCGUGGACAAGCUGGUGUGGAAUUAUGGCUGAAUAGGUUGGCCCUAGGGCGUCUGUUUGGCAUUGAUGUGGUCACAGACAAAGACUUGUGCACGUGGCAUGCUGACAAACGAGCGUUGGCGGUUCGCUGCAGCUUAGGCUCCAUUGCUUUUGAUGUGAUGGUUUUGUAUGCUCCACAACGAGGGAGAGGACUGGAAGAGAUCUCCACAUGGUGGACAGAUAUCCAUUCUAUGAUGCGGAAGCGAGAUGCAGCCAUCCCCCUUUUUUGUUUGGGAGAUUUCAAUGCGAGUGUGGGAAGUGUCAAUAGUGAUGAAUGUGGCGACCAUGCAUGGGACGUGGAAGAUGAGAGCGGAGCAUUUCUCAGAGAAUUUGCCAUGAAGUGGGAUUUGUUGAUACCCUCCACUUUCAGUCAGUAUCAUGAAGGGACGUCGGCCACAUUUACGUCCCCACUGGGUCACCAUAGUCGUAUUGACUACAUCUUGCUAUCCAAGGAUUCCCAAUCUGGGGUGUUACGUACGUAUGUCGACACAGACAUUGACAUCCUCAAUGGUGAUCGAGAUCACCGACCUUUGGUUAUGGAAAUUGGCAUGCAAUGGAAGCGCAAGCAUGAUGCUCGGUUUGUGCGCAUGCAGUUCUAUGACCGAGAAGCUGCCAGAAUGUGGAACAGGAGUGGAGGUCAGCAAAUUCUGGAUAGCUUGCCUGUUCAGCCAUGGUCUAUGGAUGUCGAUGCACAUUGGGCGGGUAUGCGACAACAUCUUCAGAUUGGUGCUGCAAAUCAGUUUCCACGCCAAAAGCGGAAACCGAGGCAAUUGUAUUUUAGUGAGCGAACCUGGAAGCUUUUGUGUGACCGCAAGGAUUUGAGACAGCAGCACAGGGAAAUUCACAGGUCUAUUCAAAGGCAUUUGCUGAGAAUGGUUUUCGAAGUUUGGAGAAGCAAAGGGGAGUGUGAGGCACAGAACAAAUUGGUUGAUUGGGACCUAGCUCUCCUGCGACAGCAGGCCGCAGUCAUCAUGGAGGCAAGAUGCAACAUUGAUGCAAAGUUUCGAGCGUGCAAAAAGCAGGAUUGGAAAGACUGGGUGCAGGAGCAGCUUGAUCGCAAGAUCAGUACUGCCAACCAUUUCCCCAACGAUGCUCUCUUCAAAAUCCUUCAGCCCAAGAAGAUGAUUGCCAAGCAUGCAGGCAAGUUGAACAAGCCCAUGCCGGGAUACAAGGACAUGGAAGGUGAAUGGAAAUUUUCUCGUUCAGACAUUGCUUCUGCAUGGCAACGGCAGUUCGCUGAGGUCGAAAAUGCCCAUACAGUCACGUUUCAGGAACUGAUGGGCAAGUCAGAACCGGUGUGCAUACAGCGGCAGGUGAGACAUCUACAGGAAAUUCCGACUUUGUUGGAUGUUGAAAAGGCUCUUCGACGAUUGGAUACAACAAAAGCCCCGGGUCUUGACGGCCUCGGGGCUGAGUUGUUCCAAGGUCAUGUUGCACAAGCAGCACGAAGGAUCUACCCCAUGGUGCUCAAGAUGGGCCUUCGAUGUCAAGGUGUCCCUGAGCUGACGGGAGGAUGGUUGCUUCCUUUGUUUAAAGGACGGGGCAGUGCACAGGCAAUGAGAGGCUACAGAGCUAUUCUCCUUGAACCAGUCGUAGCAAGAGCAAUUUCUAGGGCAUGGAGACCCAACAUGGUGCGUGGACUUUGCAACAUAGCUCAACCAAUGCAGUGGGGAGGAAGGUCUGGAUUAUCAAUUGAAAGCUUGCACUUGCAGGUCAAGAUGUGGCAAGCUCAAGCACGUCAAGAGCGUGUGUCGCAAGCUUGGCUUUUCAUUGACAUCAAAUCAGCCUUUUACACUGUGGUCAAAGAGAUGUUGACAGGAGGAAGCACCGAAGAGAACAUCCGCAAAGUGUUUCACCACAUGAGGCUACCCACAUCGGUGUGGGAGCAGUUCAAGGCGAACGUGAAUCAAGAGAAUACUGUCAUGAAGUCUACGAACUCACAGAUUUUGGCGGACAACACCAGGGCGCUCUUACAGCAUACAUGGUUCAUAAUACCUGAUGCACAUUGUAUUCAAUCGCCGGCCACGGGAUCAAGGCCCGGAGAUCCUGGGGCAGAUGUGCUGUUCAGCCUGAUCAUGUCGCGCAUCAUGGGGCAGAUCCAUGAGAGAGCGACUCAUGCAGGAAUGCCGCUUUAUUUCAGAGAUGCAAUCACUGGUCAACCAAUUGCACGAUGUGUGACGUGGGUUGAUGAUCUGGCAGUAUCAGUUUGUGCGUCUGCGGAACAGGUUGUCAACAAGGCGAUCCACAUGAUGUCCAUCAUUCAAGAGGUAAUGUUGGAGCACGGCAUGGUUUUGACCACAGGUGUGGGGAAAACAGCGGUUAUUUUUGCAUUUCAUGGUGAGGGGUCCACAGCUGCCAGACAGAACUUGGAACGCAACUACAAAGAUGGGUUGCCAAUCCUGUCGGAACACAACGGGUGCGUCAUGAUUCCGUUGGUGGCUCAUUACAAACAUUUGGGUGGACACAUUACCAGGGUUGGAAGUUGCUUACAGGAAAUCAGAGUACGAGGUGCCAAUGCGCUAGCGAAGCUUCAGCCAUUGAACAAGUUGUUGAAGAAUGUGAUGUUGGAUAUGGAGAAGAAGAGGUUGCUGGUGAAAAGCAUUGGGCUCUCUGUUUUGACUCUUCAUGCAGGCACAUGGAAUGACCUGACACAAGGUGAGUAUGAAGCAUGGCAAGCUGGUGUCUUCAAAGUAUACCAGCAAAUUCAGCCAAGGGAUGUGCAAGGCAAUGUGCGGCAUUUGCAGCUUUUUGAGUUGGCCAGCGACAUGGAAUCCCCUCUUCCGAUGGAGUUGUUGUAUGUACAAAGACUGCGUUUGCUCUUUCACAUCAUGCAAGUGGCUGACGAAUACAUGAUCGGGGCGUUGUUGCACAAUCAUGUUGUCAUGCAAGAGAGGUCAUGGUUAUAUGGUGCCAUGAAAGCGGUCAAUUGGAUGAGACGGCAAAUCGGAGACAUGUUGGUUCCUGAGGAAGUCAGCAAUUUGCAGGAACGUCAGACAUGGGAAGAUUUUAGGUUUGUACCCAUGACGGUGGAAGAAGCUGAAAGCCUUGAUGAGCGGGACAGACAGCAAGGAGUGGCGAUGCAUCAGUCAGGUCUUGUUGAGGCUUCUGUUGAUGGUAUAUGGAGAGUGUGUGAACCACAUGAGCUGCAAACGACUUUGUCCGAAAAGGCGGAAUAUGUGCAGAGUCAGGCAGCGCCAACGACAGAAGAACUGGCUCUUUGGUCAACCUAUGGAAUGUUGCCACCAGGUCGGGGUGGUCGGAACAAGACCCUUAGGAAGCCGCAGGAGAUGCAGCUUUGCAGUCUCAACAGAGCCAUGGAAAAGCUGGAGCAAGGAAUGCUUGGUCGGGUGCAGCAAUGGCAGCCGUGCUUUGAUUGGAUACCGCGCCCGUUAUCCUGCGGGCAGCGAUAUUUUUUGAUCUUUUUUAGCGGCCAUCGCCGGUUUGCCGAUAUUGCCAGCUGGAUGGAGUGGCAAGGAUCGGUGUGCCCGAUCAGUAUAGAUCUUGCCAUCAGCAAGACCUAUGGCAAUCUGCAGGACGAUUCUUUGUGGCGGCAACUCAUCCAAGCUCGAAAAGUGGUGGGUGCGCACGCCGCACCCCCUUGCGAGACAUAUACCCUGGCAAGGUGGAUAGAAGUUCAUGACGGGCCAGCACCACAGCCGCUUCGUGACAUGGAUUCACCAUGGGGUAAGGAUGGUUUGACAAUCCAAGAGGUCAUCCAGUGCUUCGUCGGCACGCAGCUCAUGAUGAAGGCACUGGCUUUGCUGUUAUUGACAUAUUGCUAUGGAGGCUCAUUCACGCUGGAACACCCUAAGGGAGCUGAGGGCCGGGAAGGCCGUUGGACAAUUUGGGAUUCAGCAAUGAUUAAGCAGCUUCUGUUGUUGCCUGAUGUCAAGCGUGUGGACUUUGUACAAGGUCCAUUGGGCCAGCCAUUUACCAAGCCAACCUCCAUUCUCACUGGAAGGCUCAUGGACUUUGCGCAGGAAUUGUUCAAACAAUAUCAGCCAGGAUGGAGACCGACAGAGUGGUUGGGAGGUCGUGAAAGCGGUGGAGGAGGAUGGAAGACGGCCAAGGCCAAAGCCUAUCCACCUCGCAUGUGCCAGGUGAUUGCAGAAACUCACCUUCGGCAUGCCGAAUCAAUGACCGAGGAAGGACACGAGCCCGAUCCAGAAAUGUUGGAGCAGGCUCUUUUGGCGCUAUCUCCGGGGUUUGAUCCUUAUUUAUGGGAUGCCAAAGGGACCGAGAUGACCAACGACUACUGGCGUCUGGAUUGGGACACGGAAUUCCUGGUUUUCGCCGAGAAGCAUUUGAAGGAAUUUCAAUGGCCCAUCCGAGGCUAUCUCAACUCGGAAUGUCGCAACCAUCACUUCAGUCUCAUCAGUCUAUGCAAACCCCAAGAGAUUUCUGCUCACUACCAGGUGGCUUUUGUGCCUGGCAAGAAGAACUCUGCUGGGAUCUUUUUCACGCAGCAGCGCAUCAACGUCUUGCUGUCCUUUAAGCAGGUCACUGACCAAUCAGGCUGGUAUCGAACGAACCUGAGGAUUUUCAACAAGAGCUGCAUUGGCAGCAAGACCCCCGGAACUGUCAUUCUGAUGGUGCUCACGCUCAUCUUGUUUUCCUUCUUGACGUUGAUUGACAGUCUGGCGACGUUGAUCCUUUUGCCAUUGAACCUCUAUCGCAUCCUUUGGAUGGAUCUGCCAAGUGAUGCGAGCAUCGAGGAGAUCGAAACAUGUUUCUGGCGGAAGUUCCUUCAAGGCCUUGAUGCGCGAGGUGUGGCCUCUCGCUUUCUACCUGUAUUGAUCGUUUUGGCCGAGAGACUCUUGGCACUGGGCUUCAUUCUCUCCUGUGUGGAGGCAGUAAAGGAGUCUAGGAUGAACACCGUGCUGCCCUUUGGUGUCCUAAGCGAGAGUUGCAUGGUCACGUGGUUCCGGGGCAACAAGGGCUGGAUUAUUGGGCGCAACGUUCCGCGUGGGAUCAACAUGAUCAAUUACAUCAACGAGUGCACCGAUGUGGCUGGAGUGGACUACCUGGCAGAGCUGUUCUUCGAAGUGCUCUUUGAAGAUGAAGGAUGCUUCCACGCCUUGGUGGUAGGUUUGAUCAUGCUUCGAAUUCUGGAGGCUUUCAGCCUCUCAAGUCGUUUGAAUUGGCUCCCACGGACGCUAUUCCUUGCCAAGAACAAACUGCAGAAUUUUCUUCUCGCCUAUGUCUGCCUCGUUGCAGGCUUUUCCCUGAUCAUGACGCUCUACUUUGGCGACAUCUUUCAACAGUUCAGUUCUUUGCAGGAGUCGUUCUGCACCUUGCUGUUGUACAGCUUCGGCAGCACCGAACGUGCACUCUACGGCUCUAAGCCUUUCAUUGAAGUUGGAAGUAGCCAUCUGCAUGCAGCACUGUUCUUCUACACAGUAUUUGCGGUGACCAUCAUCUUGAACAUGUUCACCACCAUCGUCAUCGAUGCCUUUACGGCUGAGGGUGAUCCUGAACGGUACGAGAAAAUCUACAAGGAGGAGACGCAAUCUCUGACAUCGCAGCUGCUGCAAGUCUUUGGCAAAGGCCAUUUGCUGAACAAGAAGAGUCAACUGACCCGACAGGCAUCGUCCGAGGAAGACAAAGCAGAGACGUGA